AUGCGAAUACAUGAUGACUCCGAGUUUAUAGUGUUUGCUAGCCCGACGGUAUCGAGGGAUGGACUUAGCGUCAAGUAUGAUGGAUACAUGGACGUGAGCGAUGGCUUGAAUCGUACUCGAUAUAUGCUAUUUGACGGAAUCGUUUAUGCGACAACAACAUCACAAACUCAAGCAACACCAAGAUGUGUGAAUCCAAGGACAAUACCUCCAUUUAUGGAUAUGCUAGCUGCACUCAACGACGCUGUUCCAGUUGUCAAAGCGUCUUUAAAUGGUGCGAACAUCAAGUGUUUAUCAGGAACAUUGUUGAUGACAAAGCUGAAUGGCCUCGAUCUAGCGAUUUGUGCCUCUAGCUCCUUAGGUCUUCAUAUUUACGGUAGUGACAUGGAAAUCGUGAUCACAUACUUAAAAGACCGUGUUCCUGUUCCAACACCGCCAGUCGAAGCUUUAAACUUCAAGUGUGAUGUUGCUGUGAAUGCUACGGCAGUAAGUGACAUGGCAAUUGCGUUGCUGACUGGUGAUAGGAUUCCUGACACAGAAAUGCGCGUUUUAAAUGGCUUCAGCCUUGCUAUAACUGACACAAAAUGCUCGUGCAAGUCAAAGCCACGCCCAUGUCUCUUCAUCCACGGUCUUGGUAUUGACUUUGAGGAGGAAGAGCUGCAGGACUCGUUCGACAUGUACUGGGGUAACAUGACCGAUCAUGCUCCAUGCUGUACAUACUUUAAGUACAUGAUCUGGAACUCGAUGAAUACUGGCUGGAAUAAUAUUACUCAGCAGCAGAUUCUGUGUGACCUUGCAACUAAUGUGACCGGGUCGGGUUCAUCGAGCGAAAUUGCAGACACAAUUAUUAUUACGCAUUCCAUGGGUGGACUCAUGUUUGCAGGAGCCAUCGCAAAUAGAAGGUGUGCUUUUGCAAACAGCAGUUCGUGGAUUGCCUUGAGCGCUCCGAUGGCAGGAAGUAUGGGUUCGGACUAUGCGUUGGAGGGCUGUGAUGGUAAACACUCUGUUUUGAUGGAAAUGAUCGGAAACGUCACUGGCCAAUGUCCUGUACUCGCAUCUGCAAAGUCACUCUUGUAUGAAGGCGGGAAGACAGUACCUCUGAGCUUGAUCGCCGAUUAUAAGGCAGCUCAACAAGUCUAUCGAACUCGCGUUCACGCAGCUGUUUGUAGCAACUCGUACAGUGGACUCUUUUCACUUUACCAGCCCAAGUAUUGGUUGCUUGGGGCUGCGCUUCCGCAUCAAUCCGAAAAAAACGAUGGGAUGGUCGAGUUUCAAAGCUGUGCAGGAGGUUUUCCACUUGAAAAAUUUGGAACUCAUUUCAAAGACCAAUUUUACGUAUCACAGCUCAAUCACGCCGAUACCACAUUCUACUAUGGAGAUGGUCUAUUUAAUUCCGCGAAAAUGCCUGUCAAGUGGUUUGAAUGUUUACUGUAG